AAGAAAAAAUAUUAUAGGACAUACUGUAAAAAUUUCCUUGCCCUUUUAAACAUUAGCAGAAUAUAAAAUUCACUUAAUAAUCAUAUUUUUGAUGUCAGAUGUAUCUGAUUGAUCACCAAACAUUUUUAACAAAUACAAAAGGUGACCUAUUUAAAUUUAGGCUGAUGCACAAGCACCGCUGAGAUGCAUUAGACUCCUGCGUCCCGUGUUAAAAUUCGCUGCCACAUUCUGUGUCUCUCUCUCUCUCUCCGUGUGUGUGUGUGUGUGUGCGCGCACCGAGGCUCUCUGCAUUGUAUCUGCGUCAUCAGCCCCCUUCAUUCAUGAAAAGUGUGACGUGAGCAGCUCCACUGCCGCCCACUCAAACCAUGCAGAGCUCUCUCUCUCUCUCUCCCUCCCUCUCUGGUGUUGGUCUGGCUGUGUUAUUCAGCUGUUUCUCUGCUUCAGGAGGAUCAUGCAUGGCAGUCCCGUCAGCUGCGUGUCAUAAACCCCAUCGGAAGGCAUCCAUAAAGCCGGCUGGCUGAUUUCGGUGCGCUGAGGAGGACGUCUGCCCAUGCACACGCACAGCACCAUGGGAAGCUCCCCGGAGGUGCUGUCCUGGACGUCCUGUCCCAGCCUGCUGGUGGGCAAACUGAAGGAGGAGCUCAAACUCACAGUCGUCGGAGACUCGAUAAAGAAACCCAACAAUAACAUCUCUCCUCAAGCGCUCCUGCCUCCUGCUCCUCCUCCUCCUCCACCCCCACCACAGAUCAUCACAGAUCUCGCUCCUCCAACCACGCUGCCCAUGCCUCUCCAUCACUUACAGCUGCCGGUUCGAGAUGAGGAGCCAGGCGGCACCAGUCCUCCAUGCACAGCACUUAGCGAGGACUCAACACGCGAACAAGGACACUUCGAAAACAGCGUUUUACAGCUACAGGAGCAGGAGGAUGCUGAAACACCUGGAUCUUGCGGUCAGGGUGGAUGCGGAAGUGGCGGAGAGGAGAAAAACGAGGAGAACGGCUGUCCCAUGGAGCAUAGUGGAGACGACACACACCAUCAUCCACAUGAUGACAUCAAACUGCACUUUCACAGAGCCGGGACGGGCAGCGGAGGGUUUCUUGAGGGACUAUUUGGGUGCUUGAGGCCUGUGUGGAAUAUCAUUGGGAAGACAUAUUCAACCGAGUAUAAGCUUCAACAGCAAGUAGAGAUGUGGGAGGUGCCGUUUGAGGAGAUCUCGGAGCUGCAGUGGUUGGGAAGCGGAGCUCAGGGCGCUGUAUUUCUUGGGAAGUUUCGCUCUGAAGAGGUCGCCAUCAAGAAAGUCCGCGAGCAGAAGGAGACGGAUAUCAAACACCUCCGCAAACUCAAACACCCCAACAUCAUCAGCUUCAAGGGUGUGUGCACGCAGGCCCCGUGUUACUGCAUCAUUAUGGAGUAUUGUGCACAAGGGCAGCUGUAUGAGGUUCUCAGGGCCGGCCGGAAGAUCACACCCUGCCUGCUGGUUGACUGGGCUUCAGGAAUCGCCAGCGGCAUGAACUACCUGCACCUCCACAAGAUCAUCCACAGAGACCUCAAGUCACCAAAUGUGCUAGUCACUCAAAAUGACAGUGUGAAGAUCUCGGACUUCGGCACAUCUAAAGAGCUCAGUGAUAAGAGCACCAAGAUGUCGUUUGCGGGUACGGUGGCCUGGAUGGCUCCUGAAGUCAUCCGGAAUGAGCCGGUGUCUGAGAAAGUAGACAUCUGGUCGUUUGGUGUGGUGUUAUGGGAGCUGCUGACUGGUGAGAUCCCCUAUAAGGAUGUAGACUCAUCUGCUAUUAUCUGGGGUGUGGGCAGUAACAGUCUUCAUCUACCUGUGCCGUCCACCUGUCCAGAUGGCUUCAAGAUCCUCAUGAAGCAGACCUGGCAAGGCAAACCUAGAAACCGGCCGUCUUUCAGGCAGAUCCUCCUGCAUUUGGAUAUCGCCUCCGCUGAUGUGCUUGGGACGCCACAGGAGACCUACUUCAAAUGCCAGACGGAGUGGCGAGAGGAGGUGAAGAAACAUUUCGAGAAGAUCAAGAGUGAAGGCACAUGCAUCCAUCGGCUGGACGAGGAGCUGAUCCGCCGCAGAAGAGACGAGCUCAGACACGCUCUGGACAUCCGAGAGCACUAUGAGAGGAAACUGGAGCGGGCCAAUAAUCUGUACAUGGAGCUCAGCGCUAUCAUGCUACAGCUGGAGGUGCGCGAGAAAGAGCUGCUCAAGAGGGAGCAGGCCGUGGAGAAGAAGUAUCCGGGAACGUACAAACGCCACUUGGUUCGGCCCAUUGUGCGACCCAAUGCUGUUGAGAAGCUCAUAAAGAAGAAAAGCAGCAUGAACCACAAACCUGGGACGCAGCAGCCUAAGAGACCCGACCUGCUUCGCUCUGAUGGGAUUCCCAGCGUCGAGCCUCUUCCGGCCCCGUCUCCACUGUCUGGAAGCCCAAAAGUGUCCACGCCGCCUGGAAAGACCCGGUACCGCAGUAAACCACGCCACCGGAGGGCAAACAGCAAGGGAAGCCAUAAUGAAUUCCCAGGUGUGCUGAAGCCUAAUUCAGGCCCACCAGAGGAACAGCAGCCUCUCCAGGAGCAAAACUACCUUCAAAACCAUCCUCUUCCUCCACCAGAACCUCCCCUCGCCAAGACCCGAGAGAAUGCGGUGGCCACCUGCGCCAACAACCUGCGCUACUUCGGCCCGGCCGCCGCCCUGCGCAGCCCCCAGACGGACCACCUUCAGCGCAGGCUCUCCGGUUCCAGCCCCGACCUCAUCUCCACCGCAGUGGACGCAGACUCUCGCCUCCGCAGGUCUUCGAUCCCACCGGGGCCCGCGCCGCUGUGUCCCUGCUGCCAGGCUCAUCCGUUCCCUGGGUGCAAACACUGCCAGCAGACCCCGGCGGCCCCCAGUCACCCACAGCUCCCUCAUUACUCUCUGCUGAGCACCAACGACGGGACACCCCCCGCCAGCAAGAGGAAUCUGGAGCCCACGGCUGAGGGGCAGGACAAAGAGGAAAAGCCGGCUCUCCUGCACACGCUCAGACCUCUGAGAAAGACAGGAGAUGAGUCGUCUGAGGAAGAGGAAGGUGAAGUGGACAGUGAGGUGGAGUUUCCACGCAGACAGAGGCCUCACCGCUGCAUGAGCAGCUUCCAGUCGUACUCCACCUUCAGCUCAGAGAAUUUGUCAGUGUCUGACGGCGAAGAGGGGAACACCAGCGAUCAUUCCCACAGCGGGCCGCUGGAGCAGCUGAGCGGCAGCCAGGAGGAGCAUCUGGACGAGCUGCUGUCACACACUCCAGAAAUACCCAUCGACAUCUCCACGCAGUCCGACGGCCUGUCCGAUAAAGAGUGCGCUGUCCGCCGCGUCAAGACCCAGAUCUCACUGGGAAAACUGUGUGCUGACGAGCACAGCUAUGAGAAUCCUCUGCAUUUCGGAGACUCAGACUGCGACACGUCGGAUGCGGAGUGUUCAGACGCCACCAUCAGGAACAAGCCGCCCGGCGCUCCGUCAUCCUGGUGAAAAACACACCGCAAUAAUCCCACUACCCAUAAUGCACCUCUCUGAGCAUCUCAGGCAGACUCCAAUGAAGAGAUGAUGAUGAAGAAGAUGAUGAUGAUGUAGCUCAAAUGAAACGCCGCUUUUAUUUUAUUAUUACGAGCUGGAGGAACACCAAACCAACAAACAAACUAAUGGAGUAUUAGCGCUCAAGUGUUCAAGACAAAACAAGGCAACUCAAAACCACAGACCAUUCGUUAUUUAGUAAGCUAGUUAGUUGGUUAGAUAGUUAGUUACACUACUGGUAACGAGUGGGAUCAGGCCAUUUUCUUUGUUUUGUUGUUUAGAAGAAGUGGUUUUGCUCGCCAAGGCUGCAAUUAUUUGAUUAUAUUUGAUCAUAUUUACAUUUCAAGUGACAAAUUCAGGUGUACAUAUCAUUGAUUUUUGGGUGACACGGUGACUCAGUUGUUUGCACUGUCACCUCACAGCAUGAAGGUCGCUGGAUCAAGCCCCGGCUGGGUCAAUUAGCAUUUCUGUGUGGAGUUUGAAUGUUCUCCCCGUGUUGGCAUGGGCAGUGUUGCCAGAUUGGGUGGUUUCCCGCCCAAUUUUGCGGUUUUGAACACAAUUGUGCGGGUAUAAAAGACAUAGGCGGGUAUAAAAAAUUUGGGCGGUUCUGCGGAAAGCCCACCCUCCCCGCCAACGUGUUCUCGAGACCGUCACAAACCCCCACCCACUUUUCGUGAUUUUCGCGACCGUGACAACCCUCCCUACUUUUUGGGCUGGAAUCAGUCAGCAACAUCUGGCAACACUGGGCAGUGGGUUUCCUCCAGGUGCUCCGGUUUCCCCCACAGUCCAAACACAUGCUAUUGGGGAAUUGGAUUAACUAAAUUGGCCGUAGUGUACGAAUGUGAAUGAGUGUGUAUGAAUGUUUCCUAGUGUUGGGUUCCAGCUAGAAGGGCAUCUGCUGCAUAAAACAU